AUGGCCACCGCCGCUCAGUCCUCCACUGUUGAGAAGUCCUACGAGUUGCCCGACGGUCAAGUCAUCACCAUCGGCAACGAGAGGUUCCGUACUCCAGAAGCUCUCUUCCAGCCUGCCUUCCUGGGAAUGGAAUCCAACGGCAUCCAUGAAACCACCUACAACUCCAUCAUGAAGUGCGAUGUCGACAUCCGUAAGGAUCUGUACGCCAACAGCGUCCUUUCCGGAGGCACCACCAUGUACCCCGGUAUUGCUGACAGGAUGCAAAAGGAGAUCACAGCUCUGGCUCCCAGCACCAUGAAGAUCAAGAUCAUCGCUCCCCCUGAGAGGAAAUACUCCGUAUGGAUCGGAGGUUCCAUCUUGGCUUCUCUGUCCACCUUCCAGCAGAUGUGGAUCUCCAAGCAGGAGUACGAUGAGUCCGGACCCAGCAUUGUCCACCGCAAGUGCUUCUAA